UCAUCGUAGCUUACGUAAUUAAUGAUUUAUUAACAUGGCUGGUUGUGAGUAUAAUCUUAUAAUGCUAUACUUUGGAAUUAUUCUACUGUAUGGUGGUGUCUUCGCAUCGCACUCUAAAAAUGUUCCAAUGGUUUCCACUUCAUUGGGUCCUAUUAGUGGAUACUACAAGUACUCAUUUGAAAACCGUGUAUUCUCGGCGUUUGAAGAUAUUCCCUAUGCAGUACCACCAGUUGGAGAUCUACGGUUUGAGGUAGGUAGAGCGUAGAUUUCCUCUAAUAAGUUGCAUUCCGGAAGUUAGCCUCCGCGUCCAUGUCCUGCUUGGACGGGGGCCUUAAACGCCAGCCAUUUGUAUACGUGUGAGCAAGUGAGAAGUGAGUUUAUGCCACUCAGCGGCAUUAAAGUUCAAGAAGAUUGCCUCUACCUGAACGUAUACGUUCCUAAACGACAACCGCCAGUCAACGAUAAUUAUGACGUAAUAGUCAAUAUCCAUGGUGGCGCAUUUAUGAUGGGGGACAGUGCAUUGGCCGGCCCCGGUUACAUAAUGGAUCGCGACGUAGUAUACGUUAACCUGAAUUAUCGCCUGGGAGCAUUAGGUACCUAAGGGUAACGAAAUUCACUAAAUAGUCCGCUCGUAGGUUUUCUUAGCACAGAAGAUGCAAUAGUACCCGGAAACAAUGGGCUUAAAGAUCAACAACUGGCUCUAAAGUGGGUGCAAGCGCACGGAUGACGUGGACUGCGGAAGACGAAGGGCUACUGGCCACGCUGUAUUUGGAAAAGAUUUUGGACGAAACUGAUAGGAACUGGGAGGAAUGGUCGGAAUAUCUGCUCGAUUACUACAACGUGGUUAAUGAGAAUGAGAAGAGAUCAAUUGCCCAAAAGAUUAAAUCGUUUUACUUUCAUAGUGACAAGAUUUCCAAGGGUAACAUCAAAUCUGUUAUUAAGCUGUUUGGAGAUAGGUACUUUAAUGUAGCCUUCGAGACAGCUGUUGAAAUGCAAGCGAAAGUCGCUCAAUCACCCGUGUAUGCAGCGGUGUAUGCUUUUAACCAAAGCACUGGUUUUGCCAAGUUGCUUGGUUCACAUCUUCAAGGCGUAGCACAUGGAGACGAAACCCUUCUUAUACACGACUAUAUUGGAUUUGGACCGCAAAUUCAUGGAAGGAAGCUUUCCACUUCGGAAAACUUUAUCAAGAAUUUACUACUUGAUUCUAUUCACUCAUUUGCAAGAAGCGGAAAACCGUCUGUGAGUGGCUGGCAUUCGUUGGAAUCCAGUGACGACCAAUAGCGAGUACUUAUUCAUUCGCGAUGUGGAUGAUGUCAAAAUGGUACAAAAUGAGAAACUAUCUCCGAGGGACUUUUGGAAGAGUUUAAAAUUUGUAGAAAACGAUCGAGUUACUCAACUACACGAUGAGCUAUAACUGCAUUUGAUUGUUUACAACAACAAUUUUGGUUACUGAACUGUUUAUAUUCAAAUAUAAGUAAUAAGCUUAUUAUAACAGUAAAUAAGGUUUAUAAUGAUUCUACUAAAAUUAACUAUAACGGCAUCGCAUUCAGAUUUUCCAAAAAUAGAAAUGACCUUUUUCUUUCACUUUGGUACACAAGGCGUCCGGCAAAAACACAAAUACACGUCAUGUCACGGUUGCCACAAUGUUUAGCAAACAAAGAAAAUCGGGUUCUUACUUUAACAGUGGUAGUGAACCUUUAUUGAUUGACUAUACAGGGUGUUACAUGUAAGUGUGUAAAGAAAUGGAGGGAAUUCCACGAAUGAGUUGAGGAACAAAAUUGUCGGACAGUUUUUUACAAUCAUGUUUCAAACAAAAGUUAUAGUCAUUCGAAGAGUGGUCCUUUCCUAUUCCUUUGACCCCCAAGGCAAGUAUUUAACACAAGAAUCUUUAGAUGUUGCCUUUUGGAAUGAUUCUGUUCAUAUAUUGCGCACAUAUUAAAAUUUAAUGAAUAUUUCUAGGUCCCCCGAUUAAACCUGCCUUUGAUGUUUAUCUCUGGGGAGGGAUUAAGGAUAUAGUCUUUGAAAAAAGGCCAACUUCCCGCGAGGAUAUGAUUGCAAGAAUUAGGAAUGCCAUCUUGAACACAUCCCAAGAGCUGAAAUUGAGACUGAUGUUCUUUCAACUAAUCAGCGUCUUCAGAUGUGCAUCCUAAAUAACGGAGGCCAUUUUCAACACCUGGGUCGCCAUUAAAUGACUUUCUUUUUCCGUUCAUGGGCUUUAUUAAAAAAACGGUUCUUCUUAGAGGCACAGACCAUACCAUAAAAAGAAUUCAGUAAACUAACUAUAAUAUACUCUCGAUUAUACCUGUAAUAUUAAAGUGACUAAAUAAG